AUGGUGGCAGACAACUCCUCCGUCCAGUGUGCCCAGGCCGGCCAACGUCCAUCUACCUCCGCCUUCACUCGCCCCUUCCCGCCUCCUGCUCUCGUGGGCGUCCCGCUCCCGUAUAUUCUCGAACAACUCCAUAAUCUCGCAGUAACAUACUGGGACAAGCCGCAAACCGCGGACUGCACAAUCAUCGUGCCCAUCGUCCCUCAGCGCCACUUCGCGCGUAAUUCUACAGAUUGUUCUUCUAAUAACAUAUUUGGCCCUUCCGGCUCGGGUCGACUAGCGACAGAGCCAGUACCGCCCAUGACGCGGCCAACACGAAUGACCAGCAAGCUACACCUCGACUAUUUGCUAGCACAGUCUUCCCUUUUCCGAGACCUCUUCAGCGGGAGACCGCUAUCAGAGUCCAUGGCACCCACGUGUCCCGACUCACCCAAUACGCCGCCCGCUCUCCCACGUGUCGCCCUCCCUCCGCACAGGCGACCGCACAUCAUGCCGUCAGUGCCAUCACAUCCCAUCGUAUAUCUUCCGCUUCCGGACCCGUCGUCUUUCCCACACCUCGUACACUUCAUGUACUUUGGUACGUUUGAGGUGCUUGAAAGCGCACUUGAUGCAGGCACCGUACAAUGGGCGGAUGUUGUAAGAAAUGUGGAAUAUCUUGGUAUGCGCUCGCGCGUAAAGGCCUUCCUUGGGCGGUGGUAUUCGCAGCGAAUGGGUCCGGGUGUCCCGCCAAUUGUUUGUGGAGACGAUGGUGAUGAGCUUGGGUAUGGGAGCGACUUCGAAGAGGACGAGUCGAGUUCGGAUGAAGAAGAUGAGGAUGCGUACUCAGACUUUGAUGACGACGAUUCAGACGCCUCGUUAUCGGACACGGAUGGUUCGCUUGAGACGCUCGUUGAUGACGAACCCCUUUCUGCGCUCUCGAGUAAAACGAGCUGCGAUGAUGUGCGUAUGAUGGACAUGAGCAUUGAAGACGAACCUCCACGAGGCCGUUCACGCACGCGAAAUUCACCCAGAGCAGCAACGUUCUCGCCCGUGCGUAAGCAUCGAUCAUGAUCCGAUGGUUGUCCUCUCCGUCUCUCCAUGUCUCCGUCCCUCACCCGACGUAAUUGACUCCGCCUCCUAUACGCAUAACGCCUGCAUUCUUCGGUUCCGCGAUGCGGCUUUUUUCUUCGUUUUAAUUUUCGGCGCCGGAAGAUUUUGUUCGCACUUCGUCACCGCGCUGCUGCUCUUGUUUAAUCAACCACACGUCUAUCCGUGUCCGCUGCUGGACCUGCACACGUUCCUUUAUACCGACUCGACGUCGUCGCCGGGCGAUCGCGCAUUUUCGUCCUCUCGCUCCUUCAUCCUUCGACAGGUACACUACCUCUCUUGACGAGUUCAGCCCUUAGCUUCUCCCACCGUUAUUGGUCACUGAACCGGGCUGCAUCUCGCAUAUGAUGGACUUACGUUUCAAUUUCACUUCGAAACUGUGAACCUCUUCGUUCAUUUCCCUCAGGGGUCCUUUAACUUAUCCGAUCCAAAAAGUUCUUUCUUUUUCUUUUCUUGUUCCGUUUUUUUCGUAAUCUUUAUUCGAUUUCAAUUUUCUCUUCAAUUUUUCUUGUUUUUGUUUCUUUCCCGAAAUUCUCUCUUCUCUCGCAACUUCGCAAUUUUUCACCCUUCCACAUGCUUCGAUUCAUGUGUCUCUCUAUCCUCUAUCCCGCCUGUAGAACUAUAGUUUACUGGAACUAUUUCACUCUCUUUCUAACUAAC